AUGUGUGAAGUUGGUUGCCGUGUUUUAGUUGAUGGUCGUUAUUUUGCUCGUGUCUUAUAUGUGGGUACUGUUGAUGGAAAACAAGGUGUAUGGUAUGGAAUAGAUUGGGAAGAUUGGAUAGGAAAAGGAAAACAUAAUGGAACAUUCGAAGGUCGAUCAUAUUUCAAAGCAAAACAUGACACUUCGGGUUCAUUCGUCCGCAAAGAACGACUCUAUUUUGGUCAAUCAUUUAUGCAAGCAGUAUUUCAACAAUACAUUAAACCAUUUUUUAAAGAUGAUGAAUCAGUAAAACUAGCGACAACGAUCAAUCAAACAGACGAUUCACACUUAGAUGAAAAUGAUGAGAUUAGUUAUGAUUUCCUCGGUAAACAUUUUGAAAGUCAUAUGCGUCAACUAAAUGAUAUUGAACGUAUUGACUUGAGUAAUCAAUAUAUAAAUUCUUUUUCUCAGUCUGUCAUAACAUCAGAUAUUCACGAUUCAUUACAGUCAAUGCAUGAACUGGAUAUUCGCAAAAAUUUAUUAAAUAAUUGGUCAGAAAUAUGGCUUAUACUCAUCAGAUUUCGAUCACAAAUCACAAUAUUUAAUUGCAGUAAUUGUCGACUUGAUCUCACGUCAACAGAUGAAAAAUUUGAACGAAUUGAAGAAUUAAUGUUAAUUGAUCAAGACAACGAUUGGUAUGCAUUUGAACCUGUGCUAGUAUCAUUUCCUGGAUUAAAACGAUUAUAUUUAGAUUUGAACCGUAUUACAUAUUUAACUGAAAAUGUUGAACAAUUAUUAUCAAAUCUUCGCGUUCUAUCGUUAAGCGGAAAUAAAAUUACUGAGUGGGAACAUGUGAAUUAUUUAGGAAAACUACAACAUUUGGAAGAAAUUGGAUUGAACGAUUGUUACAUCAAGGAUAUACAAAUACCGAUAAAAAUAAGUACUCAAUCAUCCGCUAAUCAUGAAAAAUCUUCGUUAUUUCCCUCUCUGAAAUAUUUAUAUUUAUCGAACAACUUACUCUCAACCUGGACAUCGAUCAAUGAACUAAAUAAACUACCUCAACUAAUCUCUCUUAGUGUAUUACGAAAUCCGAUUUAUGACUCCAAUCUCAACGGUAUCACUAUUGAGUCAUCAAAACAGUACAUCAUUGCACGUUUAGACACACUGAAAUAUCUAAAUCGAGCCAUAAUACCGUCGGAUGAACGUCGAGGAGCAGAAAUUGAUUAUAUGAAAAAAUAUUCCACUGAUUAUUUUCAAAAUAAUGAACAAUUCCAUAUUGAACAUCCACGUUACCAAAAAUUAAUUCAAAAAUAUGGUGCACCAGAUCCACCAAUGUCAUCUAAACACCAAUCAUUGGCAGAUAAACCAGGUCUUUGCAUCAAAUCACAAUUAUUGACAUUAACAUUUCUCUAUGAGAAUGAUCAAAAAGAGAGAAAAGUACCGGGAGCAAUGACAAUAGCAAAACUAAAAGCAUUUAUUAAACGUUUAUAUCCUCAAUUGAAUGGUGGAGAAACGAAUUUAAGAUUAAAAGCAUGUACAAAAGAGACAGAUUUAAAACAUCAAGAAAUAUUAGAACAUGAUUAUAGAGAAUUGACAUUUUAUGCUUUGGAUAAUGGACACACGAUUCUUAUCGAAAAAAUUUAA